AUGUUCCGUGCCUCCGCCGGACCCGCCGACAGUGCCAUUGAUGACGACGGCGCGGAAGGACAGAAGGCGCCCCAAGGUGCAGUUGCCGCCCAGCAUCAGGGGAACGCGAGGGUGCAUGGGGAAGGUGGAAACGGUGGAGGAGGCGACGCAGAGGCAGGUGCAGGAAGGUUGGAAACGGAGAAGUCGUCGUCGUCGUCUGAGUCGGAGUCGGAGUCGGAGGAGGAAGACGAGGCGGUGAAGCGUAAGGACAAGGACGAGGAGGAGGAGGAGGAGGAGGAGGAGGAGGAGGAGGAGGAGGAGGAGGAGGAGGAGGAGGAGGAGGAGGAGGAGGAGGAGAAUAAGGACGAGAAUGAUCAGGGGAAUGAGGAAGAGAAGGAUGACGGCGCGGGAAAUGCUACGAGGUCGGCAGAUGUGGGGAAGGAGAAGGGCGAGGUCGGCGUGGAGGCAACGACGGGAAAUGGCCAGGAUGAGGCGGCCUGCGAGGGAGGUGGGAAGGUGUCGAUCGACGCCGGCGAAGGGGCGAACAACACGGGCGUGCAAGAGACCGGGGAAGCACCUAGUCGGCAGGGCCCUGAACUGGAUGACGUUGAGGAGCUGCGACGGGAGAACUGGUUGUUGCGGGCGGAGAACGCUCGGCUGGCGACGUUGCUCGAUGCGGAGCGGGCUCGGCCUGGACAGCUGCGAAACGCGACGGAGGCCAUGUCGGGCAACAUCACCGGCAGCUUUGACGAAGCGUGGAAGCCGAUGAAGACAUUCGCGGAACAGGCGACGGAGUGGUUGGAGGACUUCGACAAUCCGGAGGGUCGUGUCGCGUAUGCACGGGCGUUAGCGGUCUACGACUUGGCCGAACACGUAGAUUCGGUGGUGGGCGAUGCGAAGAAGGGGUUGGAAGAGUACGUCUCGAACCACCUUGCCUCCGCGCAGGUCAACAUCGCCACCGCUGUGCCACCCAAACUCGCCGUGCCGCCGCCGCCACCGCCUCAUCCCACGCCGCCCGCCAUCCUGGAAGAGCUUUUGAAGUCGUUCAAGGCCGACAUCCAGAAGGCGGUGACGGAGGCCACCCAGCAGUCUUUCGUUGCUUCCGGGAUGAAGAUGGGUGACAAGAUGAUCGGCAAUGUGGCGCCAGUCGAUUCAGGUGCGAACAAAGAUGGGGAGGCUGCUCCAGCUCCAGCAGCCCCGGCUGCCGCCAAGGGCGUCGCGAAGGCUGCUUCGGCUAAGGGUGAUGCCGUGGCAUCAGCUAAGGCCCCCCCUGGUGGUACCGCGCUCAGGGAGAUGCUCCGCCGCAUGGAGGCACAUAGCAGGGACGUGCAGCAGCAUCCCGUGGUCGACGCCGGCCUUCCUGGAACAGCACGUCGCUCCGUCACUACGCAGAUUGCCGGCAAGUCGUCCGGUGCCCCACCUGCCGCGCCUCCGGUGGCCGCCCCACCGCCUGCGGACCCCAAGUUCGCUUUUCUUUGCGCCCAUUUAGGCGCACGCAAAGCGGCUGCUCCGUCAGUGACCCAGCCGGAACUCGGCAAAAACGCGACGCCGACGUCGGUAAACGCGACCGCACCCACACCAGGUGCAUCUAUGGUCGAUGUGGCGGCGGAGAAGGGAGUGAGUGCAGCGCUCGCCACCGGCGGCCGCGCAGACAAGCAUGCCGAUCUCGCUGUCGUCAUGGCCCAUUUUGAGGUAGCAAAGCGCCCCGAGCACGCCCUUGUUAUGGCCAUCAUGCACCACGGCGCAUGUGGUGCCGUCGGCGACCCACGGAGGGGGUUCGGCGGAGCAGACGGCCGCAAUGGCUGCUGUCGCCGAGAGAAAUGCUGGACGGAAGGAAAAGGACGACAACGGGAAAGGGAAGGCGGUCUCUCAGAGGAGCACGCGGGCGAUGUCUGCGGGGAAGUUGAUAGGGAGAAGAUGGAGCUGGCCUACGAGCACGCGAUUGCGCUCGUCGUCUACGACAGCUACGUGAGCAAGGUGCUCAUGAAGGAGCUCACCGUCUUGAAGCCGGGGGAGUUGGAUAAAUGGAAGGAGGUGUGGGCGGAGGUCAAGUUCUUGCCGACUGGGAUGUACCGUGGGUACGCGAGUUCGGGUGAUGCGCUUCAUGACGUGCUCUGGCCGGCGAUCUGGUUCCCCAUCAUCGAGGACACGGAGGAAGGCAAGGAAGAGACGGACGCUCUCAUGUCGGCGAUGGUAAAUCGCGUGUCGAUGUGCGCGGCGUAUGGGAAGGUCGCGGCGAGCGCGGUGUUUGGGAAGGCCGACGCGAGCGUGGAGGGGAAGGCGGACGAGAAGACGGAGAUGGGGGGCCCAGGGAAGACGACGGCGAUGGUGGCAAGUGCGGGGGAGGCGAGGGCCGAGGACUUCAAGGAGGUGAUGCACGUGGUGAUCGACAUAGCACGCAGUAGGCAGGCUCCCGCGGGGGAGGUUGCACAUAACGUCGCGCCAUCGCUGCAGAGCCAGGCAGUGGCCAGGGCCUUCGCGAAGGGAGUUGAGGAAGUCGAGGCCGACAUGAUCGCAAGAGCGACAGUCAAGACCUUGGCGUUCUGGGGAAUGUGCCCCGUCGUCGGGCCCAAGCUCAAAGCGCAGGGCAUCGAUGUGCCGUGUGACGCGAGGAUGGAGUACGAUAUGGAUCACAGGGGGAGGAAGGGGGAGAAGGCCAAGCAGAGCAAGGGCAGCAGCAAUAGGAAGAAGGGCAAGCAGGGCAUGGGCAGUACGGAUGCGUAG